AUGAAGUUCGCGCCAUUCAAGCAUUCUGCCCUGGACCCCGCCGACCCUGGGGCGUUUCAAAUUCUUCAGCUUCUGCCUUCUCGUGAUCUCAAGGGUCCCAUUCACUGUACGCUACAGCAUUGCAGCCUCAAUGAUGACAUUCGUUACGAAGCCUUAUCCUACACUUGGGGUCAGUCUAGACCGGGGCAUACGGUCAUCGUAAAUGAUUCACAAACGCUCGAUGUCACCCCAAAUUGCUUACAGGCGCUGGUACAUCUGCGCCGAAGGUUCCACCGCAGGACCCUGUGGAUCGAUGCUAUCUGCAUUGACCAACUUGAAGAUGAGGCAAGCAAGCAGGAACGAGAUCGCCAAGUCAGAAUUAUGGGUGACAUAUACCGCAAGGCCCACAAAGUUCUUGUCUGGCUCGGGCCUGGUGAACCAAGCACAGCCCGUACAAUUGCUAGACUGAAGCUCAUCGCGAGGGUAGCGGCCGCGAGGACUUCUGCGAGUAACGGAUCUACCGCUUUGGACGUGAUGGAGAGAUAUUUGUCAAAGAGAAUGAAGGCCGAGCUCCCUAUAGACAAGAUCUACGGUCUUUAUGGUCUCUUAACAACCUAUUGCGAUUUGUCUCUUUCGCCACCUGACUACAACAAGUCAGCUGAGGAGGUCUACCAGGAGACGGUCUGGGCUUGGGUGAGCUCCCGAAGAGAUCUGAGUAUUUUGAAGCUUGCGGCACGCCCUGUCCGAAUCGAAAGGUUGCCAUCCUGGGUACCGGCUUGGGACCAUGAGCAUCCACGAUUCGUCCGCAACAGUCGGUUGGGUAUUGGACGAUUGAGCGAAGGCUUUGGAGGAGGCCAAUUCAACUGGUCUUAUAGCGGAGUGAGCAAUCCAUUCUUUUCGAGCACGUUCACUACUUCUCUCGAGGGAGCCGAAGAGUCUAUCCCGAUUGCGAAAACGUCGCCAGGAAAGCUUCACGUUCUUUGCGCCAGAUACGUCGGAAAGGUAACUCAUACUGCCAGCAUUGACACGCCUAUUCAAACGCCCUUGAACUCGCCUGAAUACCUAUAUGUCCACCUGAGGUGGUGUAGGCUGGUGCACGAUGCUUUUUCUUACAGCACCGAGAAGUACGAGGAAGCCCUAUACGAAAUGUUCAGAUCUAUACAAUAUCCAGGUAUCUACCAACUGAGCCUCGCAGAUGGCAAGGACCACAGAUACGAGUCAUUCCGAGCUUGGUUCAAGUUCAUGUUGUACCUAGAUCGAGACUCACGCUCUGCCACCUCAGAAUUCACCCGAACGAGUGAUACGAAAGAUCAGCGAGACUUAGCCGUGAGCUUUUACAGUGACUUGCUCGACGCGGAUCGGUCAGAGGACGCUAUGAACUUGCUCGAGAAACGCUAUAGUUAUAAAGGGAGGGAAGACCUCGCUAAGCUUGCAAGGGAUGUCAGAUUGACGAGCGAUGACUUGGCGCGGGUGCGGAAUCACUCUCUGUGCAUGCUCGACAACGACAAGAUGCUUGCCGUCACGGAUUGUUGGUGCCAGCAAGGCGAUGAGAUUUUUAUUUUCCCGGGCACAGACAGUCCAUUUGUCCUGCGGAAAGACCCCGACGAGGAUUGCUACCGUCUCCUUGGGCCGGCACUAGUUGAUCGUCUUCUGAAAAUAGGAUAUCAGAAAUGGCAGUCUGAGGGCAAUGACUUACAGGACAUCGUGCUUGUCUAA